GCCUUUUGUUUUGAACUUGUGACGUGUAUCCUCUGAUAAAAAAACAAACAAUCCAACACAUCGAUUAAUCGAUUCAUUUCGAACAACGCGCGACUCAUUGAUCGAUAGGGUCGACGACUGCAUCCCGCGCGGUAACCGUCAUCGGGGUCGGUGGGGCUCGGGCGUCCGUCCUCCUCACCAUCUCCGCCCCAGUCAUAUCUCGGGCUGCAGCGCAGAGCCCGGAUGCGCCGCCAUGCCGACUCUCUCCGCCAGCGGAAUCAUUCAUCCAGCGACCUGCCCGACGCGGGGCGACCAGAGGAGUUGACCGAACAAGUCGACGGAGCGGGGCCGUUACGGCGGACGGAGUCCAUAUGUUUCCCCCCUGCGUGGGUUUUGUUUGCCGCCGUUGCGUCGGCGUAGGGACACUUGAGUGCUAGCCGCGCUAACGUUAGCUCGAGUCGAGGGAGUGCGGGGUUAGUGACAGUCCGGCCGGGAGGCGCGGAGGAACGACUGCGAGAUCUAGAAACAUUUCAAUGUCUGCGUCGGCUCCGGGAACCGAACGAGAUGUCUGUUGACGAGGACACCGUGAAGACUGGCAGUCCGCAGGCCAGCUCCGCUUCGUUUCUGCAGCUCUCGGAUUGCACCGGAGGCUGCAGUGAUAUAUCUGUGAUGGUGGAGGGUACCACCGCCACCCCCGACUCUCCGGCGGCAUGCCCUGUGCCGGGCACCGCGGCCUCACCUAAAAACACCAGCACGACUGACGCGCUCAGCCACUCGGACAAUGCUGGACAGAGGGCCAGAGGGAGCGAGAACAACAUAAAUCGCAGGAACAGCUUUCAUCAUUCCAAACAACAGCAACAGAUGAAACUGACAAAGCGGCGCAACACGGCAAACUUCAGUUUCAAGCAUCCGACAUCUGGCAAGAGGAGGCGGAGGGCCAACUCUGAGAGCGACUCCGUCCUGCCCACCAACUUCCUUCUGGGUGGGAACAUUUUCGAUCCUCUGAACCUGAACAGCCUGCUGGAUGAGGAUGUCAACAGGGCACUGAAUGCAGAGACGCCCAAAUCCUCCCCACUGCCAGCGAAGAGUCGAGACCCCGUGGAGAUCCUCAUCCCCAGAGACAUCACGGAUCCGCUGAACCUGAACAGUGGGAUAGCGGGCGGCAGCUUUUUGGUGUCCCCCUACAAGAGUGGUGGCAGGAAGAGACACCGCAACAGACACCACGGAGGAGGAAGUGGCGUUGGCAGUGGGAUUUCCGCCACACAGAUCAACCUCUCGGAAUCAGGAAAAGGUGAGGUUAAAAGUGGCGGCUCCACACUGCUUCCAGGUACGUUGGCCUCAUGUUCUGCACUAGACGUCUCCAAAGAGUCAGACAGUUUCUCCAGUGUCGCGGCAGAAUCCCAUGAGCACUCGGCUGACAACUCGGCCAGCUGCAAGGAGGAGGCGACGUCUGUAUCCAUGGAGGAUUCCACUUCCUCUGUAUCGGGAGGUCCGAACCAGAACAUAGGCAGACGCAAGCGUCGGCGCAACUCUGGCAAAAUGGAGACGCCUGUAACCCAUUCUACCCCGAUUGGAAAGUCAGGAUCUGGAGACAGGAGUAGUUGUACGGGGGGGCAGAGAAGUUAUCAGUCUUUCCACACACCGAGAAGUGGUUUCAAAACGGGCCCAGGAAGCCGCCAGCACCAGCAGCACCACAACCAGGCGAAGGAACAACAGAGGAAGUUCCAGUAUGGGAACUACAACAAGUAUUAUGGCUACCGCAACCCAGGCGCUAGUGAAGACCCACGAGUGCGUGUGCUUCGUCCUGAGUGGUUUGAGGGUAAAGACGUAUUGGAUUUGGGCUGCAACUCGGGCCACCUAACACUUUAUAUUGCCAAAAUGCUAAGGCCCGCUCGCAUAUUAGGUCUGGAUAUUGACAGUGGUCUGGUACAUGCAGCCCGAAAGAACAUCAGACAUUUUCUCUCGGAGCUGCAGACGCAGGUGGCCAGGCGGGAGAAAAAGAGCACUGAACAGGAGGAGAGGAAUGGAAAAGACGGUCACACGGCCACAGAAAAGAAGCACAACGAAGACGAGGGCAGGGACGAAAAUGGCAAAGCGCUGGUAGGAGACGUCGGCCCCGCAGAGGCCGCGAAUGACAAUGACUCGUGUCACACGAGAGAGGAGGCAGGGACCCAGAGACAGGACAGCAAAACAGGGGAAACGGAGCAGGUAGAGUGCGAUUCGCCCUCCCACGAUCCCACUGGGAGCUGCUCCUUUCCCAUGUCCCUGCGGAUCUCCAGGGGGCCCAUCGCUGCGCCGCCACUGACGGAGACAUCCAGCACGCAGCCCGGGGAGUUCCCCUCCAACGUGUCCUUCGUCAAGGCCAAUUAUGUUCUGGAGCAUGAUAAUCUGCUUCUGACUCAGCGGCCAGAGUAUGACGUGAUCCUUUGCCUGAGCGUUACUAAAUGGGUUCACCUGAACUGGGGAGACAGUGGCCUCAAGCGGCUCUUCAAAAGAGUCUACAGACACCUCCGUCCUGGAGGCAUGUUCAUCCUCGAGCCACAGCCGUGGGAGUCCUAUGUGAGGAGGAAGAAGCUGACUGAUAAUAUCAGCAGGAAUUAUCAAAGCAUCCGCCUCAAACCUGACCAGUUCUCAUCAUACCUUACGACCGAGGUGGGCUUCGCCAGUUUCGAGCACCUUGGGGCCCCCAAAUGUUCAAUAAGAGGUUUUCAGAGGCCAAUCUACUUAUUUCACAAAUGACCGCUCCUGCCUUGAAGAUCAUUGAAUGUGAGUAGCCUAAAUUACAAGACAGCCGGCCGCCCUGGACUGUGAGGAAUCAUCGUGGCUCCUAAACAGUUACUCCAGCUUUUUCACAUGCUGAAGAAGAAGAAAUCCCCAAAGGAGAAACGGGACCAGAAUUUGAAAUGAUGUUGUAAAGAUGAGACCUGUCUAGAAGAUGCGCCUAUCAGAAUUUUCUGUGACUGCAAAUUCUUACAGUAUCGAGUGAACUCGGAUAAGAGUCAACAAUGUGUAACCUGGAGCCAGACCUAAUCAUGUGGCCAGACUGUCGAAGAUGUGCUCAUCUGAACCAUUUCCUGGACUACGCUAGUGCUAAUGAUGCCCCAGUUUGAUGCACAGCCAUAACACGUGUUUGAAUACCAUUAGGCCAUAUCUCUACUUUCAUAACUUUGUUCUGUGCCACCAUAUUAACAUGCUAUUUACACAUCAGGGUUGGGAGAUGAGGCAGACCUUCAAUGGGCCACCAUUACCCUUUUAACUGGAAAUAGCUGGUGCUUUGACCAGAUUAGCUCAAACUGCAAGACUGCUGUAAAACACUGGAUUACAGAGCCAUUAAACGUGAUGUCUCUGUAAAAGCCACACUCGAGUGCAGAUAGAGGACACUGCAGGCUGUUGAUAAAUGAAGUCCCAUAUUGCCGGCUACUACUGACGGCACAGAAAACGUUCUCUCUGUAGUUAAGUAUUUGGAUUAGGUUUGAAUCUUCGCAUCAUCAGGCACACAAAUGCAGAUUUUGGUGUUUUUGUUUUUUUAAACAACCAAACCUGUACAUCAGCCAUCACUAAUAGCUGAUGUACAGUAUUUGUCCCAUCUCCCAAUCCUAGUAUGCAGUUUGUUUUCUCAUUAUUCUUUUGCAAAAUGGGCCUAAGAGCUGAAUUAACUUUAAUCUGUUACAGAGCUGCAAAAGUGUAGACCGCCACAUUGCGAAAAGGAAACAACCAAAAGCUCCUACAUUGCUUAGGACUUGUGAAAAGUGGCUUGUCUAAGUGAUAUAGAUAAAGAUGCCACAUCAGUAGCGUGCACUCAAAACAUCCGGUGAAAUGCUGAAUGGUAACACAUUUAUGUUGUAUUGGUGUUGUCAUUUUUUCCACCUUUAUCAACACACUUCCAACACAUUGAAGUUUAAGUGAAAACAUCUGUAUGGAUGUAAUGAUGGGCUAGCCGGUAAGCCAGAGGGCCAUAGUUACAGCCAGUCUCUUUUUUUUUUUUUUAACUGCCAUGAUUAAUAACAAUACAAUACAUCAAAUGUUAGAUCUGUGACUUUACGUGGAGAUCUCCGUACGCCAGCUUACUGUCAGUGGGAGGAAGAAUGUUUAGUGUGGCAUCUCAAACCUGAUAUUGGCUGCCAUUUCAAAUCCCAGCAACAGUGCACUUCAUGAGUUCUUCAAGCCUUUUCGAUGCUCCAUCCUAAUGGUAGGGGGCACAUUUGAGCUGUGAUGACACCCGGGCGGUGGGUUCAGUUCAAGGUAAUUCAGCACAGAGACCACAAGGAUUAUUUUGCAAAAGAGAGCCCGUGGCAUGCAGUAAUCUAUUUCUUUUCUUUCUUUUUUUUUUCAAAUGUUGUUUACAGUGUCCUUCACACGGUUCUGACGUAGAAUAUAAUUGAAAUUAAAAUUGAAGGCUUGGGGCUUAUUAAUAGAGAAGUUGCUACAGCGUCUUCAGUGCUGUAUAAAUCGGGCAAAUGCAUAAAUUUGCACGGUCAGAUCAAUACAACUGAACAGACAUUAAUUCAAACGGCAUCAGGAUCACUCAAAGUACUCUGGUAGUUUUUUUUCCGCUCCGGAGUUAUUCUUUUUUUCUGAGAGACCGAACAAAAAUUUUAACAUCUGUAGAAAAUUAAUUGUUACUCUUGAGGACUAAAAUCGGUCCAUACAACUUUUACCAAAUUUGAAUACUGAUAUGCUGUUUGUAUGUGCUGCCAAAAUGUAUGGGUAUCUUGCUCUUGAUUUUGACUAAAUGUGUCAUCACUUUCUUAAGUCUUUGGCCUAGUGAGAACAGUUUUGAGUUGCAGGUAGUCGGUCUUUGUGAUUGUGUCCUUGUUGGUGUGCACUGGUCACUCAGCUAUGACAUUUUAUUUGAAUUGGUUGGGAAAGAUCUUUUUUUUUGUAACUGGUUCAGUCACGGCGUUUGGCACACCAGGGUAGGAGCUGAUGAUGGGUGAUGUACGUUUCUAUUCUAGUACGUGAUCAAUGUAAAUUAGUUUGGACAUUUUGGUUUUACUGUUUACUGUCAAUAUUUAAUUUCUUAACUGCUUUUGUCAUUUUUCCAGCGGGUUUGUUUUUGUCAUGUUUUCAAAUGUUUGCUGCCAAUUUUUGCGAGAAAGUCACAGGUCCGAGUCUCCUUCUGCUUAAACGGAUCGGUAAUCCAGUUCUGUAACAACAAAUGAAUAUGUACAUUGCAAAGUUCUGAUGUGAUUGCUUUGUUCUGUCCUGGCAGGCACAUGGAUUGUUAGAUUAGCUCUUUAUUUUUUUUUUUUAUAAACUCUUUGAAAGGAGCGUUUGUGUUUAAUGCACUUUCAUUUCACUUCCUUUUGACAUGUUCUAGACAUUUUUACAUUUUUCAGAUUUUGCAUACCUUUUCCGUCAGACUUUUUAUAACAAGUUGUGGAACACUGAUUAACCUAUAAAACAAAGCUUCAGGUUACAUUUUGAAUUCAAAGUGAAUUGGCCGCAACCUCAGUUGGCCGAACAGACUCGGCACCAAAUCACACCUUUCUCCUAAGCUUAGACAAUCGGAUUCUCAGGCUUAGAUCAGCCCACCGCUGUCAUUUUUAAGGGCAUUUUGCGUUUUGCAUUAUUAACAAAUGUUUUCCUUUUUGCAGGUCACAUGAUAAGCAUUUUAUUUGGAAAAAAGGAAUUGGUUUAAUCUUAGUUGUGUUUUGACAUCAAUGUUAAAAAUUGCACCUUACUGUCUCAGCAGCGGUAUCUUAAAGAUUUGAUCCCAUAUAUUCCUGACUUGUAAGUCCGGGUAUUCAACUAAAGCGUAUCUUUGCUGGAGAUGUGAAAUUACAUGUUGUCAUAUACAGUGCUGAACUUUUGUACGUCCCUUGAAGUUGUGCAAAAAGUUGUGCUAAGUCCAACAUGAAAUUAAAUCACUCUAAAACUCGGGGUGUAAACAUGUAACACCCCUUGUAUCAACAGGAUGUAAUGCUAGUGAGAAAUAUUACUAUUUCAAAACCUAUCAGGGUCAGAUCUCGUGUUUGGGUUGUAGUUCACGAUAAAAUCUUUGCUCUAUAAAUUUGUUUUAAUCAGCCAAAAUCUCAGCCUAGUUCAGUUAAACUUAAAAUGGAUUGAAGACAAGAGAUCCUGUGUAGUUUUAAUGUGAAAGGGUUUACGUUUUGUGUUGCAAAUAAAACAGGUUAAUAAGACAAGAUAAAUUGCAAUGAAAGCACACCCUAGGACCCACUGUAACAAAUGGUUAGAUGAAUUGCAGCAUUUUGUUAUUUGGCAUUUUACUGAUUUUUAUUCAACCAUAUGUUGUAAUGCUGCUUUGUGCAACAGAUGUGUGGAUGCCAAAGAAAGUGAACCUCACAUUCAACACUGAUUUAAUUUUCUGAAUUGAACUCCGCCCACACAAAAUCAUCUAUUUUAACAGCAGAGCAAUUUUCACAGGCAACUAAUCUUUAAAACCUGCAGCUACAACCUGAUUAUAAGAUUUCAGCAGCCUCGCAAUGAAAUGUUGAUCGAAUAUCGUCACAAACACAUUCAGUCCGGACAUAACAUUCGUACUUACAGUUGCCUACCUGGUUCUCAUGUAUUAGAAGUUUCAUACCGGAAAGUUGUUCUAAUAUUUUAAUGCAGUAGCUAAAUCUGUAUAUCUCAAAGACUUUAGAGCACAACAAAUGCAUAAAUUCAAGGGGUGCAUGAUUUGUUUUUCGUGGCACUAGAAUUCACCUCAUGAUGUUGAAUUUGCACUGAUAUGACUCGAGGGAAUUAAACUAGUUAAGUAAACCUCUUGCAGUUCAAGUUGAUGUUUUACCGUUCCUAGAAUCAGUUGUACAAAACUGUUGGAAUAAAAUACCAGUUCUGUCAGGGAAGCUUUUCAUUUUCAUGCCUCUGAACAACAAGAUAUAUCUGAAUGUUUGUGUGUUUAACAUCUAAAAUGAUUAAAAGUGGUUCCAGAUUUCGUGGUUCAAUAUUGGCUUACA